GUGGAGGGAGGAAGAGAGAAGAAAAGAUGCGAAGAGGAGAGAAACACAGAGAAAGACGAAAGAUCGAACAGUCGUGGAAAUGGCAUCCUCUUCGCGCGAGCGUUUCUCGGUGCAUCCGGUGUAGGCUGAGGCGUUACAGUUGAAGCGUCUCUCACUUCUCGUGCUGAUUCGUACGGUUGAGUCACAUAGAGAAGCGCGUAUGAACGGCAGUCCCAGCCGUGCGUUCGCGUUCAUCGCACACAUCUCGCGCGCGAAACAGUGCGAAGUAUAAUCACAUUAAUAGCGAUGUAGCCUCGGGCAGGACUGUAAAAUCGAUCGGCCAAAAGUUCCUUGAUUAUUUACAAAGAUAACACGAUAAUUUAAUUUGAAAUUUUUGCGGUGUAAAUUUCUACGUAGAAUGAUUCGCAUGCGAGGAUAAUAACUCAAGCAUUAAAUAGCAACUAUUUCCGUUCUACGCGAACGCUAAUAGCAUUCACAUGACCGCCAACUGUUCAAAUCUGCAGACGUAAACGCAAUUUAAGACAAAAGAAGAGACGAAACGUAAACAAGGAAGUAGAAUCGAGUGCAAGUAUUAAUCUGCAUAAAACUUCAGAGCACAGAUUUAAACACGUAUUUAAAAGAACUUAAAAUUAACUUAAAUAUUAUUUCAAAUAAUCUAAGAGCAAAGAGGAAGGUCGGAAGAAAUUCUUUUUGAAGAAAGGAAAGACCAAUCGGCGAUACGUGAAUUAUAUUUUUACUGAAAUGAGGGAGAAAAAGAGAGAAAAAUGUACAAAGAAGAAAGAAGAAAUGACGCAUGGAUAAAAUGAAAACCACAGUUGCAGUUUUGAAACGUAAUUGUAAAGUGAUGGAAGUGAUAAUCAGCGAGUAGCAAUUUGGACAUUGUUGAACAAAACAUUGAAGGAUGUUCAAAGAAGGGAUAAUAAUAAGGGGAGAUCGUUUGCUUUUAAUAAACGAGUAAUUUAUAUUUUUACGUAAUUAUGUCCACGAUUAGGCUCGUUUUGCUUGGUCUGACAUUAUCCCUGAUAAAAACGUCGUCGGAGUCACACCUGGCAAAAUGUUGCCCGCCAGGAGAGAUUUUCUCAGGAUAUUCCACCGUAGAGUGCGUUUCAGUACCGAAGAACGCGAGAGAGCUUUACGUUAACUAUUGGAAUAUCACUGCAGAGUUCCAAGGAAUUCCUCAGUGCGAUAAAUCAGAGGAUCUUAUGACAACGCCACUCAACGAUCUCAAGUCUAACAAUUUUUUAGAGGUGCCAGCUUGUCUCGAGAUACUUCACGAACAAAUAACUGGAGAGAGUAUCGUAAUAGUCGUUCAUUGUCGAUCGAACAAAGACCGAUGGGUGAAAGCAAUUAAUGCAUCCUUUCCACAGCUCGUAGACAUCAGAAAAUGUUGCCCUCGCGAUACAGUAUUUGACAGCCGCACAAAGGCUUGCGUGAGCCAAUUGAGCGAAUCAGAGAACCUUGUAGGAUUUUUGUUAAAUAGAUCUGUUGACGCUGAACUUGUGAUGGUAGCUACCGAAGGUCCACCCACGUGCAAAGGAGCAAUCGUCGACUAUAAAAUUAAUGAAAACGAUGUCUUCCUACGGAAUAAUGCAUAUUCGGUCAUGGUUCCAGUGUUCAAGAAUAGAAACGUCAAAGAGGAACUUUUGGUUACCGAGGAUAACGUUUGCCUUGACAUGACGCCGGAUUUUGCGUCUGAUCGAACACUGGUAGCACGCGUCUGCAACGAUCCGGAAUUUUGCGACACGAACGCCUGCAUCAGAAAGUGCUGCGCCGAAAAUGAGUUUUUUUACAUCCAGGGAUGCAAUAAACUCGCUGUACCCAACGAACCGACCGAGUUUCACGAGGCUCUCGCAAAUGCUGUGAAUCAAACGAAAUCGUCAGCUUUCGACACGACCAAAGAUUAUGGAGUCUUGAUUGGGAAGCCAUGUAAGUACGGCAUGUAUCCCACGGAUCCGAGGGAGGAAGAAUGGUUUCUGACGUCAAGGGGACAUGUCUCCAUCAAGAAUUAUGAUUUGUAUGACCAGAGCAGGUACUGCAUGGACAUCUUUUACAACAUAUCGGAAUUCGAUCAGAGCUUAUAUUUUUUCAUAUGCUUCGACGCUCCAGCAAAAGAAAUUUCAGUUUCAAGGUGGCGGAUGAACACCGCCCUGCAGAUCACCAGCUGUGCCUUCCUGCUGAUGACCCUGCUGGUGUACGUGUGCCUGCCGAGUCUGCAGAAUCUUCACGGUAAAACGCUCAUGUGCCACGUGAUCAGCCUCCUCCUGGCCUUCACCUGCUUGCCCGUUAUCACCUGGAUCACGCCUAUCGACGGGUUCGAGGAACAAAAUAUAACUACGUGCAAAGUCUUAGCUUACAUCAUGCUUUUUUCUUUUCUAUCGGCAUUUUCUUGGCUUAACGUCAUGUGCUUCGACAUAUGGUGGACUUUUGGAGUUUUACGCGGCAGUACAAUUACGAAGGCGCGUGAGCAUAGGAAAAGAUUUCUGUUAUACUGUUUAUAUGCGUGGGGCUUCGCCUUCCUGGUGUCAAUCUUCGCUAUCAUUGCUGAUAGCACGGAUAUCCUGCCAGAUUGUCUGCAGCCCGAUAUUGGCAAUAGGAGCUGUUGGUUUACACAAAGUCGAGAUUCUUAUGGCGAAUUAACUUUCUUCAUUGGACCGGUGAUGAUUCUGUUAAUAUCCAACGUGGUGUUCUUCAUCCUCACGUCGACGUAUUGCAAUAAGGUGAAAGCGGAGAUAAAAAGGGUAACUGCAGAUCCCACGGAUCCCAGAAGCAAACGAUUCCGCUCCGACAGGAAGAGAUUUAUCAUGAACGUCAAACUGUUCAUCGUCAUGGGAAUGUCCUGGAUUUGUGAGGUGAUAUCGUUCUUCCUGAUAAAAUAUUUAAAUUAUGAGCACUGGCACCACGUGUUCUUCUACACCAGCGACGUCUUCAAUUGCCUCCAAGGUCUACUGAUCUUCAUUCUCUUUGUCCUGAAGAGUCGCGUUUAUCAAGCGCUUCGCAGGCGAUUGGCAUUAGACAUCAAGAACAAAAAACCGACUCCGACAGGCAACGCGACCACAACCUUACAUGAUCCUUAUAGAAUUAGAAAAAGCAUGAGUAGCAGUACGUUAACUACAUUCGCAAUUAGUUCGACACCUUAAAAAAUAAUAAUUGAGACUGUCUAGUGUGAAUAAUUUAUACAAAGCACACGACAUCCUUUGAACGUUCUAUGGACGUCUUUAGAAAAUCUAUGCUAUUAGGAGAUCUUUCUUUUUACCAUACUCGUAUAUUUUUGCGCCUUUCCGAAUUACAAUCUAUCUAAUUUGUGAUUAUCUUAAAUACGUGUCUCCGUCAGUUAAAAUAAAUAGAAACCUUCCUGUUAUCAAUAUUUUAUUAAGUAGUAGAAUGUAUUCAAUAAUGAGAGCGUAUUUUAAUAAAUUACAUAUAACGCGUAAUAACGCUUUACUUGUUCGUCAUUAUGAAUGAAUUAUAUUCCAAACAAGAUUAAUCUGCUAUUCUGAUAUAAUUUUAUUCUCUUGAUAGCACGAGGGUUUGAUAACUGACUGGAGAAAUAAUUGUGUUUGAUUGGGAGAUUUGGCGUCAUCCAAAUAGUGGCAUGAAUAGAACGUCAAGCGACAUAGGACAUGAUUGUAUAUACCGUAAAGUUUCCUAUUGUAUCAGCUCAUACCUAUUCAUAUCUGCUAUGUUUGGCUCUCAGAAAUAUCUGCUGGAAAGUUCUCGAAACAAUAUUAUUUUGUAUCGCGGACAUUUUUUCGAAUAUUAGAUUUAGAGUUGUAGCAGUUACACCAAAAAACAUCAUUAACAAAAGAACACAAGCAAGCGUUUUUCUUUGAUUUUAUUAAACUUUAGAAAUAUUAAAAUAGCGACAAAAAUAAAGAAGAUGUAUUUUUUUAUAAGUGUUUCCUUGCAGGUUAAGGGAGUGACGCACUUUUAAAAAAAAAUCGAUUUAUUUUCUAAGGAGUAUUUCAUUCCUUAACAUAAACUUAUUUUUAAAAAUCUUCUAUUUUUAUGUUUUAAUUUUCCAAAUCGAAAGAAUUGAAAUCAAAACAAAACACUUAAUUGUGUUCCUUUGUAAGAAUACCAAAGCAUUUUAAAUUAUUUUUAGUUACCAUAAAUUAUGAAUGAUAUUUUUGCAUACGAUAUGUCUGACACAUAAGUUAAGAAUAAUGUUACAAUAAAUAAAAUUAGUAAACGUAUAUAUGAAAUAUAUAUACGUAGAUAUAUGUAUAUGUAUAAAAUAUAUAUGUAUAUACAUAUAUGUAUAAAAUGUUAUUAUUUAAAUAUCGAAUGGUUCCUGAUGAUACACUUUUGUGUAUUUUGUUAAGAAAAUACUUUGUUGAUUAGAGGAGUUUGUUGAGUAUACAUGACGCAUUUUAAGAGACAUUUUUCAGAUAGUUUUUUUUUUUUAACUUGACGUUAAGUAGGGAUAGUAUCAAAUUCAAUAUGUAUUUAAAAAUCUGAAAUUAAAUCUAAGCAUUUUUUAGGAUUCGAUAAUGCUUCUAGGACUCAUAAGAAAUAAUAUUUCAUACAUUGUACUUCUGAAGUAAUCGAUUCUGACCAGUUGGUUUCGAAUCUUACAUAUGAGUACCUGCAAAAUUCGAAAUGUAUUUAUUAAUACUUGUUGUCGUAAAGAAUCAAAUCUUUUAUAAGUAGCACUAGAACGUUAAGAAUUAUGUUAUUAGUUUAAUACAUAAUGUAAAGGAAGACAAAAUUUUUCUUAAAGUAAAUACUCGUAUGAUUUAUCGAUCUAUCGGUCCUAUCGACAUAAUAACCGUGAUGGAAAAAAUUCUACAAAAUUCUACGUUAAAAUGGUAGAAUUGGAACACUUGCUAAUUUUAGUAGUUAAAUACAUAUAUCUACAUAUACCAAAAAAACUAAUAAUUUCAAUAAAUUUCUAUUUUUAAUAAAACUUUGUAAUUAAUCAUAUCAAUGUUUUCCACCAAAAUAAGCUACUUAGAAAUGUGUAAAAUGUUGUAGUUUGACGUAAUUUUAUUGAAAAAUUUGUAGAAAUUGCACAACAAAAAUACAAAAAUUUACAAAAAUUACGUGUAAUUUAGAAAAGUGUUUCAAUUAUAUCGUUUUUCUGUUUUUUAAAACAUUUCUUAAAUUUGUGUAGAAUUUUGUAAAAUUUUUUCUGACAUGCAGGAGUAGGGCAAAACCCUUCUCUCUACUAUUCGCAAAUACUUUAUCGGUCAGGGCUUGCCACACUUUCCCUACAAUAAGAUGUUCCGUUUGACUGAUCAAAUAAUUGACGAAAGUCUUAAUUAGAUAUUGUACUAAUUACUCUAGAAUAUUUUUCGUCAACCUCAAAUUCCAAACGAGAUUAACAAUAUUUGUAAAAGAUGUAUAUUAAUCUAAGGUCAAGUCUACUUGAAAGUAAUACUCUUGUCUUUCAAAGUACUCAUAGAAAAUUCGAAAUCUUUUCAAAUUCGAACCUACUUGUAAGAUACUUAAUCCCAUCGCUAACAAUAAGCAAAUCAAAUAAUAUAACAAUAAAGUUUUCUUUUUUGAGAUAAUUUCAAGACACUUUUCAAUAUUUUCCGGAGGGUGAAUAUUAGAAUAAUAUUGUAUAUUUUAUUUGCCGCACGUAUGCUGUUGUUGCAAUUAACACAAACCUGUGAAAUUAAAGAUGUUAAAAUGUAUUUGAGAAUUACUAUAUAAGCGAUUUCUUACAUAAUUUUGUGCGUUGAACAUAAAUCUAAUCGCAGAUAUUGUCUAUCAUGUCAAGCUUUGGAGAUAAUUAAAUAGGGUAUAAUGGCCUAAAAAUGACGAUUUUGACAUUGAUAAAAAUAUUACAGAGAAAGUAAAUUAUUUCAAACAUUUUAACUGAUGGUUUUAUGUACCAUCUUUCCUCUUAGAAAUCGCUUUUUGUUUUACUAACGUACGACUUUUUUUUUACCGAAAUAUAUAUAUAUAUACACACAUAUCAGUUAAAAGUCAUGAACUUUUGAAGCAUAGGAGUAUAGCUCUUUAACAGACUGAAGCUACUAGCAUAGAUAAACUGAAUAUAUUUGAAAGGCUUUCAAUAAGCUUUGACUUUGACUUUGACUUUAAGCUUAUAAAAAGAUGCGUAAAAGGUGUCUUUUAAAAGACGGCGAUCGUAUGUAAGUAGAGCAGAUUAAACUGAAUUAAAAUCUCCUACACCAUUUUGCGAUUUUCGCAAUAAUUAACGAGUUAUUCAUUCAUAAAGAUAGGCUAAUUUGCUCAACUUAUCGUUAAAUGUAAACGCGCGCAGAGAUAUGACCGUCCAGCGGUCAUCGUCGCUAAGUACACGAGAAGAUGUUUGGAGGUGUGUACAACGCUUUGCACUUGCAUAGUUAAUGCCGCUUAUAAACAACAACUCCCAACAAACUUCCGCGCGCCUUCGCAGCUCGAUUGCUGGGCGGCCGCAUUUCACCGCGGUUCGCGUUUAGAUCGGGUGAAUUCAGCUGCCUUUAUUCGGUUUAAUUAAAACUCGUUAACUAUUGCGAAAAUCGCAAAAUGACACAAGACUUUUUCACUCAGUUAAAUUUGGUUUACCAGGAUACGAUUUGGCUAUUUUUUAUAGGAGGCUCUGUAUAUAAUAUGUAUUCUAUA